CAUAAGGGAAGCUGCGGUGCUCCAGCCCCCUCCUCGCACUCUUGUUUAUGUGCUUUGUCAGCUGUGUCUUGUCUCUAGCGCAAACUCCGGACUUCGACUAAAAGCUUUACCUUGAGAUUUCUUAUCACUCCGCAUCGUUCUCCGGACCUGCCCCUUUCGGACCUUGAACUGAUUAAACCCGAUAAUUGUUCUUUUUCUUAUCCCCACCCCCUCUAACUGUGAAACAUGACAUUAAAUUCCAAUAAAAACGAACCCGCUGUCACCCUCGAGCGUGUCAACAGCUCGCGCACGGCUCUCUCUGAUCUCUAUCUGGAACAGCUGCUGCAGAAUAAACCCAAGUCAGACAAGGCCAUCAUGCAGACGCAAGACAGCAAAGGACAAGAAGUGCACACCAACGGCAGCGCCGGUCACAUGAAUGGCAAAGACGUAACCAAGAUGCGAGAGGUGGCCUUUGAGAAGCACACCUCUGAGCCACUGGGUGUUACUCUCAAGUUAAAUGAAAAACAGAGGUGUACAGUGGCGAGAAUAUUGCAUGGAGGGAUGAUACAUAGACAAGGUUCCUUACACGAAGGAGAUGAAAUAGCAGAGGUCAAUGGCAGAAGCGUGGUUAAUCAAAGUGUAGACCAGCUGCAAAAGAUUCUGAAAGAAACAAAGGGUGUUGUCACAUUGAAAAUCAUCCCCAACCAGCAAAGUCGUUCUAUGGUGUGUGAGGUUUGGAAAUCCUGUAAGCCAAUAAAAGGAAAAGAUUCUUUGUUUUUACAGGUGUAUAUGAGAGCACAGUUUGAUUAUGACCCUGUCAAAGAUGACCUCAUCCCAUGCAAAGAAGCCGGCCUGAAAUUCAAAACAGGUGACAUCAUUCAAAUUAUCAAUAAGAAGGAUCCGAACUGGUGGCAAGGAAAGGUGGACAGUUCUACCGUAGACUUUGCAGGACUCAUUCCUUCUCCAGAACUUCAGGAAUGGCGAAUAGCAAGUAAAAGCAAAGCAGCACGGGAAGCUGGUCAGUCCUGCAGGCCUUUUGGCAAGAAGAAGAAAUGCAAAGACAAGUAUCUCGCAAAACACAGCUCAAUCUUUGACCAGCUCGAUGUAAUAUCCUAUGAAGAGGUAGUGAGACUUCCUGCGUUCAACAGAAAAACUCUGGUUCUCAUUGGUGCACCUGGAGUGGGAAGGAGCCAUAUUAAAAAUUCACUGCUGAGCAAAUAUCCAGAGAAGUUUGCCUACCCUGCUCCACACACCACCAGACCUCCAAAGAAGGAUGAGGAGAAUGGAAAGGAAUAUUACUUUAUUUCCAAUGAUGAAAUGACCAAAUGCAUCGUUGGGAAUGAGCUGCUUGAGUACGGCAGUUAUCAGUGCCACAUGUUUGGCACUAAGAUCGAAACUGUCCACAAGAUCCAUGAGCAGGGCAAAAUUGCCUUGCUGGAUGUGGAACCGCAAACUUUGAAAGUGCUCAGAACAGUAGAGUUUGCUCCUCUUGUGAUGUUCAUUGCUCCUACCAACAUCGGCAGUCAGUCAGAGGCAGUACAGGCCAUCCAGAAAGAAUCAGAUGCCAUCCUCGCUGCAUACCGGCACUUCUUUGAUGAAAUGCUCGUGAACAACGAUGUCGAUGAGAGUGUCAAGGGUGUGGAGGAGGCCAUCGAGAGAGCCUCUUCAACCCCUCAAUGGGUACCAGUGUCUUGGGUGUACUAAAAACCCCAAUCCCUCUCCCUAAUCUCCCCUCCAAAAACAAACCAUGCAAGUGUACUACGUUCAUAUGGUGGCCUGGCUAACAAAGCUUUCAUAAAGGCAGUUUGCACAUGAAUAUGUUUUUUAUAGAAUGUUUAAAUAAAGCAAUAAGUUUGUUCUUUUUGUUAAAUAUGUUGAUGUGGAAUGAUUUCCACAAAGAUUUUAAAGGACAGACUGCUGUAACCAUGCCAGUAUAUAGCAUCAAGCGAUGAUAUUGUAGAUUGUAGCAAUGCAAAAAGGACCUCUACUGUGAGUCAACAUACCACUCAGUUCAGUGAUUUUGACUAAUCUUCCCUAGAGUUUGAAUGUUUGUUUUUUGUUCACAUAGUGGUCCUCUUUUAUAUAUAUAUAUAUAUAUAUAUAUAUAUAUAUAUAUAUAUAUAUAAAGAAAAAAACAUGUUACAAACACAGGGAAAACACAUCCAUUAGUAUUUGGAAAUGUGUUUGUCAUGUCCUGAAAUGCUUCUUGAAUGAUAUAUGGAUUUACCUCAAGUCAUAAUGUAAGGCACUUUUAAAACUUAAUAAACAUAUCCUGACACUCCAAUUGUGACUUUUUGUUGCAACAUGUGGAAUGCAAACAAAUGAUAAUGCUAUUUUGUCACAUAAUAUGGGUAAAAACUACAAACAAUUGCAGCUUACACUUGCAAAAUGUAUCGUAGUGACGAUUGCUAAUGUCACACAACAAGGUCACAGCAAACUGACACUAAUAUUUAGCAA